AUAUCAUAUUAUAUCCCAUUUCUUGCUCUUUAUCGUCUCCUAUGGAGGACGCUAAGCAAUCGCUCCUUUCCCCUCGGCUAGUCGGAGAGGACAGCCGCCGCCGCCAGGAGCAGUUACUUGUUAAACCCUCAAACGGCUCCUUCACCGUCGGCACUGAAGACAUCCCACCGAUCAACGGCGUCCGUGACUUCUUCAGGGAAUGUCUGAUCGAGUCCAAGAAGCUCUGGUUCCUUGCUGGCCCCGCCAUCUUCACUUCCAUCUGCCAAUACUCCCUCGGCGCUAUAACUCAGGUCUUUUCAGGCCAAGAUGGUGCUCUGUCUCUUGCCGCCGUCACCGUCGAGAACUCCGUCAUCGCUGGUUUCUCCUUCGGCAUCAUGCUCGGCAUGGGAAGUGCACUGGAAACUCUAUGCGGCCAGGCAUUUGGAGCAGGGCAGCACGAUAUGCUAGGCGUAUAUAUGCAAAGAUCAUGGGUCAUCCUCAACUCAACGGCUUUGCUCCUAAGCUUACUAUACAUAUUCGCCGCUCCGAUUUUGAGGCUAAUAGGUCAAACGGAAACCAUAUCAAAGGCCGCCGGAAUGUUCUCGAUAUGGAUGAUACCGCAGCUGUUUGCUUACUCAUUUAACUUUCCGAUGGCGAAGUUCUUACAGGCUCAGAGCAAGAUGACGGCGAUGGCGGUGAUAGCCGGUGUGGCUUUGGUCCUGCACGUUGUACUCAGCUGGUUCUUGAUGUUGAGGCUGGGAUGGGGACUGGUGGGCGCAGCCGUUGUUUUGAAUAUGUCGUGGAUUUUCAUAGACGUGGCUCAGUUUUUGUACAUAAUUAGCGGCACUUGUGGGCCGGCUUGGACCGGGUUUUCUUGGAAGGCAUUUCAACAUCUAUGGGGAUUUGUCAGAUUGUCUUUAGCUUCGGCAGUAAUGCUAUGCUUAGAGAUUUGGUAUUUCAUGGCAUUAAUUCUGUUCGCUGGAUACUUAAAGGACGCUGAAGUAGUAUCCGUAGAUGCAUUAUCUGUCUGUAUGAACAUACUGGGAUGGACCAUCAUGAUAUCUUUCGGGAUGAAUGCAGCUAUAAGUGUGAGGGUUUCAAAUGAAUUGGGAGCAAGGCAUCCAAGAACGGCAAAACUCUCAUUGGUAGUGGCGGUGACAUCAUCAUUUAUGAUUGGUGCCGUAAUCUCUAUUGUUCUCAUCAUCUUUAGGAAUGAAUAUCCCUAUCUGUUCUCAAAUGACUCGCAAGUUCAACGUCUGGUCACGGAGCUCACUCCACUCUUGGCCCUUUGCAUCAUCAUCGACACCGUGCAACCUGUCCUCUCAGGAAUGGCCAUCGGAGCUGGAUGGCAAACUGCUGUUGCAUACGUAAACAUUGCAUGUUAUUAUCUCUUUGGAGUUCCUUUGGGUCUUACACUAGGUUUCGUGCUUCAUAUGGGUGUUAAGGGAAUUUGGUGUGGGAUGUUAUUAGGAACAGUGGUGCAAACUUGUGUACUAUUUGGAAUAAUUUACAAGACCAACUGGAACAAAGAGGCUUCAAUUGCGGAGGAGAGGAUAAAGAAAUGGGGAGGCGACAUUGACGCCCAAGGGGAAGAAUAUGUUAAAUAAGUGUAAUAGUGACAAAUGUUAAGCUAA